AUGCUGGAGUUGUCAUUCAAAUCAAGUUUCAAAGGUUUGGCCCCAGAUAUACCAAGUCGGCCACUAUUUGCUAUGCACAGUCUGAAUCCGUGCCAUUAUCCUGGACCUGGAUUUAAGAUUAUCCAGGUGUGCAACCCUGAGCCAUUUAUUCGACCCGCUCGGGUCGAUGAUCCCAUACUGGAUAAUUGGCAUGACUUCGUUACAUUCUGGCCUCCUCUAAAAAAGAGUCUACUGCCCGGUUACUAUGGCAUAUGGGAUUAUAUGGGGUUCUGGCUUUAUCAGACCCACAAGCAUGGGUCACAGAAGCUGUUUAUUGGAGACUUCCUCCAGGUUGCAUUAAGACUAGGAAAGAACUACAUUCAAAAGAUCGAAGAUUUUAUGAGAGGAUUUAUAAGCGAAUAUGGAUCCAGCCAUGGAGGGAUGUUUCUUUGUGGGGAUUUUCGAGAUAAAUUGGAAAGAGCCCUAAAGUUCAAGGCUAGAGUUGUUUUUGGUUGGCAGGAAAAAUCUAGUUCGGAGGAGGAUUCUAAUUCAGAAGAGGAGAAAGAUAAGGAAAAAUCGGAGCAACCCUACAUUUUGGAUUUAUUUACCAUACAAAUCCUUCUGGACCUUGACCUAAAACCUAUCGACUACGCAACCAUUCAAAGGUGCAUUGAAGAUCCGAGUUAUUUUAUGAUGUCCCUGUGA